UACCCAUUGACCAAUCAGAACAGUUGUGUUAGUGCACAUGCGCAUUGAGUCUUAAACUUACAGUUGAUAUGGAAAGAUGAUACGACUUUGGCAGAAUUUAGCUUGAUAACGUGCUACUUAGCUACCUUUAAAUUUACACAUAUUGGGUCAGUUUAAAAGCAGCUUUAAUCGUCAAAACACAACCUGUAAUUUAACCCUCCCAUAAAGUGUACCCAGGGAGGCUGAUAUUCAUCCCUCAAGUUCCCAGGGAUCCCUCAGCCUGCCCUGAUGAAGGCCGAGCAAGACGGAGACCUCCUCGAAGAAGACUCCCCUCAGGAGGAUGGAGUCCAGACUAACCAGUUCAGCUCCAUCUCUCCUCCGGUCUCACCAGUGGCCCAGGAUGAACCCUUCUCCACAUAUUUUGAAGACAAGGUGGCCAUUCCCGAGAAUGUCAGCCAGGUGUUCAGUUUCCGUAAGCUCUGGGCCUUCACCGGACCAGGGUUUCUGAUGAGCAUUGCUUACUUGGAUCCAGGGAACAUUGAGUCUGACCUGCAGUCUGGAGCUAAAGCUGGCUUUAAGCUCCUAUGGGUGCUCCUUGGAGCCACUGUCAUUGGGCUGCUGUUGCAGAGGUUAGCUGCACGCCUCGGGGUCGUCACUGGGAUGCACUUGGCUGAAGUCUGCAACCGCCAAUAUCCCACGGUUCCUCGGAUCAUCCUGUGGCUGAUGGUGGAGCUGGCAAUUAUUGGCUCAGACAUGCAGGAGGUCAUUGGCUGUGCCAUAGCUUUCAACCUUCUCUCUGUGGGCAGGAUUCCACUGUGGGCAGGAGUCCUCAUCACCAUCACAGACACAUUUGUGUUCCUCUUUCUAGACAAAUACGGCCUGAGGAAACUUGAAGCUUUCUUUGGCUUCCUCAUCACCGUAAUGGCUCUGAGCUUUGGUUACGAGUACGUGCUGGUAAGUCCAGACCAAGGGGAGCUGCUGAAGGGGAUGUUCUUGCCGUACUGUGCCGGCUGUGGGCCUCCGCAGUUGGAGCAGGCAGUGGGAAUCGUAGGCGCCGUCAUCAUGCCCCACAACAUCUACCUGCACUCAGCGCUGGUCAAGUCUCGGGACAUCGAUCGCAAAAAUAAGAAAGAAGUAAAGGAAGCCAACAAGUACUACUUCAUCGAGUCAACUGUCGCUCUCUUCGUCUCCUUCCUCAUCAACGUCUUUGUCGUAGCAGUCUUUGCCCAGGCCUUCUACGGGAAAACUAAUAUUGAAAUGAAUAAGGAGUGCAAUGCAACCGGCAGCCCUCACUCAGGUCUCUUCCCUCUCAACAACGGCACACUGGAGGUGGACAUCUACAAAGGGGGAGUGGUCCUGGGCUGUGUCUUUGGGCCUGCAGCCCUCUACAUCUGGGCAAUAGGGAUCCUGGCAGCUGGACAGAGUUCCACCAUGACAGGCACUUACUCUGGGCAGUUUGUCAUGGAGGGUUUCCUGAACCUACGAUGGUCCCGUUUUGCUCGGGUGUUGCUGACCCGCUCCGUUGCCAUCAUACCUACAUUGCUGGUAGCCAUUUUUCAGGAUGUUCAGCAUCUGACCGGGAUGAACGACUUCCUCAACGUGCUUCAAAGCAUGCAGCUACCAUUUGCAUUGAUCCCAAUUCUGACCUUUACCAGUCUGACAUCCAUAAUGAACGACUUUGCAAACGGAAUGGUGUGGAAGAUUUCCGGAGGUAUCGUCAUCCUGUUGGUUUGUGCAAUCAACAUGUACUUUGUGGUGGUUUACGUGACGGCGCUGAACAGUGUGCUGCUCUAUGUUUUCGCUGCUCUGCUCUCCAUAGCCUAUCUGUGCUUUGUAGUCUACCUGGCAUGGCACUGUUUGGUUGCCUUGGGGUUUCCUGCCUGGACUUUGGCAGCAGGAUGCAACUGUCACCACACACAGGCAUUUUCUUGAUGAGUGACAUGGAUACUGAUAAUCUGAUUGAGAGAUAGGAGGA